AUGUUGGUCAUGUCACUCAUUGCCUCACUCUGUGUCUCUCGUAGGCGCUACCGAGUGAUGCGCAGUGGGAGUGUACUGUUCAUGACCAUCAUUCUCGCUGGACAGUUUCUGGUGGCAAUAUCCAUUCUAACACCGUACAAUGCUAUGCUACAUGAGCUUGUGGCGUACUCUGCACUGAGUUCGGUGCUCAAUUGUUGCUUCUUCAUAGGCCUGAUAUCCUCGGUAAUGGGCUGUAUCGUCAAAACCUAUCG